CAGGUCGCAUGGUUGAUGGACUUGGUAGGAAGGUAACCUAACCUAGCACAUCAGGCCCCUAUUAUGUAACCUAGUUAUUUAUGCCUUACGAGGCAAACCAGGAAUUUUUGCUACCUUGUCAGCAGUAGAUCUUGUGUUUAGCAUCAGAUCCUGAAAUCAUCCUAUGAGUUGCUGACUAGACACACUUAAUUUUGCGAGGAAACCACUCAAGCUUUACCUGGAAGGAGGUGAUAUUUACCAAGCACCUACCGAUGUUAGGGGCAGACAUUUGUUUAACCUCCUAGUUCUCCUAGUUCCCCGGAUGUUAACUAAAGCCUAACGUUGAAGCACGUGGCUGGGACUUCCGUUCGAAUUUCAUAUUUGUAAUUUCAGUCUCAGUCUUGCUAUACUUGAACUCGUACUUAAAUAGCUUGACUCUCCUCGUGGAUCGAGUUCUCCUCUUCUGUACUACCACAACUCUUACUGGGUAAAUGGAAACGAAAGAAAAAACCAUCAUCCAACGGCUUCCAAACUGCAGCAAGUCGUGGGGAGGAUUUCCCACUAAACUAUCGCCAUGUCGUACAAAAUCGCCGCCCCCGAUGAGUAUCUUGCCAUCACUGGCAUGAAUAUAAAAAAUGUCCUCAUAACCAAGUCGGCAUGGAUCCUCCCAUUCCAAAGAUGCACUCGAUUCUCAGUCCAGCCCCAUGACUAUUCUAUGAACCUUCAAGCAAUGACAAAGGAGAAGCUCCAGUUUCUCCUCCCUGUAGUGUUCACUAUUGGACCGGAUGUCAAUAACCGAGGUGCCAAUUCCAAGAAUCUUCACGCCCCUAAUAUAAGCCAAUCUACGGAUAGCCAUAUUCACGACGAAGACCGCGGAGAUUCUUUGAUGAAGUACGCCAUGUUGUUGGCCGAGUCCACAGCCCAGAAGAAAGGCUCACAAUACCUCGAAAACAUCGUCAAAGGCAUUAUCGAGGGCGAGACAAGGGUUUUGGUUUCUAGCAUGACCAUGGAAGAAAUAUUUACGGAGCGAGAGGAGUUCAAGCGUCGUGUCUUCCGCGCCAUUCAGGGUGAGCUAGAGCAGUUUGGCCUCAAGAUCUACAACGCCAACGUCAAAGAGCUGAAGGACGCGGCCGGCUCCAACUAUUUCCAAUCUCUCUCUCAGAAGGCACACGAAGGCGCCACCAAUCAAGCACGCAUCGACGUCGCGGAAGCCCAGCUUCGUGGUAACGUCGGAGAGGCCGAAAGACACGGUCAACAGGAACGAUUUAUUGCAAAGAUUAAUGCGGAGACGGCUGUUCAAAAGACAGACCGCGACGUGGAGCGCGCGACGGCCGAGGCCAACCUGGCGACACAGAAGACAGUGCUUAGCAGAGAUGUUGAGAUCUCACGCAUUGAAGCAACACGUGCUACAGAGGCGAAAGACGAGGACCUAAAGAAAGAAGUCCAGGUGAAACGCGCAGCAGCCGAACUCGAGCGCCUACGCGCCGUCGAUGUAGUUAAAGCAGCCAUCACCCGUGAGAGUAAGCAGCAAGCCGCCGACGCCAAGGCAUACGAGGUAGCUGCUGAGGCGCGCGCCAACUAUGAAAAGAGCAACAAGGCGACAGAUGCGAAGGCGUAUAACACUAGAACCGAGGCUGAAGCCCAGGCCGAUGCUGCAAUAAAAAAUGCCGAGGCGAAUCUAGAAUUAAAACUGAAGGAAGCCCAAGGUAUAGCUGCCAUGGCUGAUGCUUAUGCUAAAAUGAGCCAGGCCUUUGGUGGCCCAUCGGGUCUUCUACAGUACAUGAUGAUCGAAAAGGGAACUUAUGUUGAGCUCUCCAAAGCUAAUGCUGCAGCCGUUCACGGAAUGCAGCCCAAGAUCAGUAUCUGGAACACAGGCGCCGAGGCCGGGUCGUCCGGAGCGGGAGCCGGUGGACUGGGAUCGGGUCAGGAUACUGCCUCGACUCUUCGUAAUGUUUAUCAACUCCUCCCACCACUGAUGUCUACGAUCAAUGAGCAAACCGGCAUCACACUGCCCGAGUGGCAGUUUGGUAAAAUGCCCCACAAUGAUAAAGCAAGGAAAGACUAUCCAAAGAACAAUGGUGGUGGGGUUGUUAAUGGGGAAUAAUGAAUUCUAUCAAUGAUGUAUUUAAGUUAUGUAUGUAGCCCUGGAGCUGAUUUUUGUGCUACAUAACCUUAAUAAUUGCCAUGUGGUUCAAGGUUGUUACACUGCAUAUACAAGUUGUAGGUAGUAGGUACUCAACUGUACAGGGUAGGUUAUUCAUGUGGGGUUCUUAGGAGCUUCCCUCCAAAUCUGCACCCCAAAC